CACAGGCAGAGCUGGCUCACUGCAGUAAGAGAAUCCCACCGUUCAAAUUCAAGCCCACUUCCUUCCUUCCUCCUUGCCGCCAAUUCCACUCCAAAACCCCACCAAGCCCAUGCUCAGAAUGGCCCAGCAGCCAUGCAAUCCAAAUCCUCUCCCACCAUCCAUUCUCAGAGCUCUCUCUCUUCCACCAAAAGGGUUUCUCAGAAAUUACCUCCCCAGUCACUGGAAGAGCAGUCCAUGCCUUCUCCCUCAAGCACUCCCUCCACCUCAGUAUCUUCCAUUACAACACCCUGAUAGCCAUGUACGCUAGAUUUGGCGAUGUUGAUACCGCCCGCUGCCUGUUUGAUCGAAUGCCUCAAAGAAACACUGCAUCUUGGAACACGAUAAUUUCGGGCUAUGUCCGGGCAGGUUUAUUGGGUGACGCGAUUGAAUUGUUCAGAGAAUUGAGGAGGGAGGGUGUGGGGCCUAAUGGGUUUGUGCUUGCGAGCUUGGUGUCAGGCUGUAACCGGUCAGUGGCGAGCAUCUGCGAAGGUUUUCAGAUUCAUGGUCUGGUUUUGAAGGUUGGAUUGUUGGCAGAUGUAUACGUGAGCUCCGCGAUCUUGCAUUUGUAUGGUGUGUGUGGAUUUAUGCCUGACUUGCAGCGGUUCUUUGAUGAAAUGCCGGAAAGGAAUGUCGUGUCUUGGACGUCGUUGAUGGUUGGUUAUUUGAAGAAUGGUGAUCCAGAGGAAACUGUGUAUGUUUAUUGGCGGAUGAGAUGGGAAGGGGUAGAUUGCAAUCAGAAUUCUUUGGCGACAGUGAUUAGUUCAUGUGGAUUGCUCGAGGAUGAAUUGUUGGGCCGUCAGGUUCUUGGUCAUGUUGUGAUUUCUGGAUUUGAGACUAACCUUUCUGUUGCAAACGCUCUUAUAUCCAUGUUCGGUAGUUUUGGGAGUGUGGGAGAUGCCUGUUGUGUAUUUGAUCGGAUGGAAGAUCGCGACACGAUCUCAUGGAAUUCUAUGAUAUCCAUGUAUUCGCACAACGGGUUUUUCAAGGAGUCAUUGGAUUGUUUCCAUCGAAUGUGUUCUAUGUAUAUACAACCCGAUUCUACUACCAUUUCGAGUUUGCUAUCAGCAUGUAGUUGCGUGGAUGAUCUGAAAUGGGGAAAGGGAAUUCAUGGCAUUGCUGUUAAAUUCGGGCAUGAUUCCACUGCAUCUGUUUGCAAUACUCUCAUUACUAUGUAUUCCAUGACCAGCAGAUUUGAAGACGCCCAGCUUGUGUUUCAUUCAAUGACCAAAAGGGAUUUGAUUUCUUGGAAUUCCAUGAUGGCAUGCUUUGUUCAGAGCAGACAAUACGGGAAUGCCCUGAAGCUCUUGGUUGAACUUCUUGGAACAUGCCAAGGAGCAAAUCAUGUGACUUUCACCAGUGCAUUGGCUGCAUGUUCGAGCCCUGAAGCUCUUAUCAAGGGCAAAAUGGUCCAUGCACUUGUAAUCCUUUUGGGUUUUCAGGAGAAUUUGCUUGUGGGCAAUGCAUUAGUCACAAUGUAUGGCAAGUGCCAUGCAAUGGGAGAAGCUGAAUGCGUGUUCCGGGCAAUGCCUAAAACGGAUGUGGUGACAUGGAAUGCGAUGAUAGGUGGGAAUGUAGAGAAUGAAGAGCAGCAGGAGGCAAUAAAAGAUUUUAAUUCUAUGAGGGAAACUGGCAUGGUAACAAACUAUAUAACCAUGGUAAAUGUUCUCAGCGCUUGUUCAUCUCCGGAUGACCUGUUGAAGUACGGAAUGCCCAUCCACGCGCAUAUAGUUUUAAGUGGAUUCGAAUCGGAUAAUUAUGUAAAGAACUCUCUUCUCACAAUGUACGCAAAGUGUGGUGCGCUUGAUUCGAGCUAUUUUAUCUUUGAUGGAUUGGCCGAAAAAACUGUCGUCUCGUGGAAUGCCAUGAUUGCCGCAAAUGCCUAUCAUGGUCGUGGUGAGGAGGCUUUAAAACUGUUCGUGGAAAUGCGCCGUGCUGGAUUGGAGUUGGACCACUUCAGUCUCUCAGGGGGUCUUGCUGCUAGUGCCCACUUAGCCAUAUUGGAGGAAGGACAGCAGCUUCACAAUAUGAUCAUUAAGCUUGGAUUUGAAUCAGAUCUUCAUGUAACGAAUGCAGCCAUGGAUAUGUAUGGAAAAUGUGGGAAAAUGGAUGAGGUACUGAGAAUACUCCCAGAAACAAGCAAAAGAUCACGAUUGUCAUGGAAUAUUCUUAUAUCAGGGUUUGCAAGACAUGGGCGCUUCGAGAAGGCUCGAGAAGCUUUCCAAGGAAUGCUCGAGAUGGGACUAAAACCAGACUAUGUAACCUUUGUUUCUCUUCUCUCAGCAUGUAACCAUGCGGGCCUUGUAAACGAGGGCCUCAAAUACUUUACUUUGAUGACUUCGGAAUUUGGUAUUUCACCGGGAAUAGAGCAUUGUGUCUGUAUGGUUGAUCUCCUUGGACGUUCAGGUAGGCUUGUCGAUGCUGAGAGAUUUAUCGAGGAGAUGCCUGUCUCACCAAAUGACCUUGUUUGGCGCAGCUUGUUAGCUGCAAGUAGGAAUCAUGGUAAUUUAGAGCUGGGAAAGCGAGCGGCCCAGUGUCUUCUUGAGAUGGAUCCUUCGGACGACUCGGCUUACGUUCUUUUGUCGAAUGUGUGUGCUGUCAACAGAAGGUGGGAUGAUGUAGAGAAGGUUAGGAGCCAUAUGGAAUUGAAUAACGUGAAGAAGAGACCCGCAUGCAGUUGGAUUAAGGUGAAGAACGAGGUGAGUUUGUUUGGGAUGGGAGACAGGACACACCCACGGGCCAAGCAGAUCUAUGCAAAGUUGGAGGAGCUGUUGCAGAUGAUCAAAGAAGCGGGUUAUGUUGCUGAUACAACCUUUGUAUUGCAUGACACAGAUGAUGAACAGAAGGAACAUAAUCUUUGGAAUCACAGCGAGAAGCUCGCCCUUGCAUUUGGGUUGAUCAGUACUCCAGAAGGCUCUCCUAUUAGAGUCUUCAAGAAUCUUCGUGUUUGUGGCGACUGUCAUUCAGUUUACAAAUUCGUUAGUAGAGCUGUUGGCCGUGAAAUCGUUUUGAGAGAUCCUUACCGAUUUCACCAUUUCAGUGGCGGGACAUGUUCUUGUUCUGAUUAUUGGUAGCAGCGUUACUGAGCUUGGAGAAGCAGAUCAACUCCAACCAUUCGUCGAUUCAAGCAAUCUGCUCAGUGAAUUAUUGUGCAUUUGGGCUGUUUCUCACUAGUUUCAGUUGGACAGCCAUUAUCAGGUGAACGGAGAACCUUGGUUCUUUUUA